AUGGAACAACCAAGUAAUGUAAAAGUCAUUGAAAUGAAUGUUAAUUUUGAAAGUAAUGUAAAUAUACUUACAAAAUCAACAGAUAAUUUGUAUAUAAAUAAAGAUUGCGUAAAAAAUGAGGAUUCAGAUGAAAAAUAUUGUAAAAUAUUAUCUAAUGACUCAACAAAAAUGUUAGUAGAUGAAAUUACAAAUUUACAUAUAGCUAAAAGUAAUGAAAAAAUAACAGAAGGAAAUAUUAGUUCUCAAAAUAUUGAAGAGAAAAAUAUGUCAUUUGAUGGAAAAUUACACCCAUCAACAAGUUUUGAAACAUAUGAUACAGAUUCUAUUUUUGAAAUAGAUGAUUUUACAACUGUUACUGAAUCUGAAAAAUUAGCUGCACAAUUUGACUUUAUUUUGAGAAAACAUAAAAUUUCAAGAUUAAAUUCUGAAGGUUGUAAAAAACGAAUACUUUUAAGUAAUAAUAUUAGUUGGAAAAAAGAAGAAGAUAUUAUUGAUUAUGAUAAUGGUAAAUUAUCAGUUGUUUUUACUUAUUUAUCAUCAUUUCCUGAACCAAUAAAUGACAGUCCAAUACAAAUAUCUGAAGAAGAUGGUAAAGAAUACUUUGAAAUUGAUAUUGGAAAAGUGUCUGAUUUUUAUGAAGACAAAUAUUUUAAUAUUGAAAAUGAUAUGUCAUUUGCUAAAGCAUAUGGAAUUUAUGGAGCUAUAUGGAUUAGUCCUACAAGUAAUUAUAUAUCAUCUUUCAAUCUUACUGAAAUCAAACAAGUUCUUUCAUCAAUUGGACUAUUUGAUAAACAAUAUGGUUGUUGUGUUCCAAUUUUUUGUUCUUCAGAUAUAUAUACACCUUGGCGUGGUUUAGGAGUUUUUUUAGAAAAUGAUAAAAGAAUUGAUUUUCUUAAUGCUUCAUUAACUAAACCACCCAUAAGUUUACGAUAUCUUAAUGGUUUAAAAGAAUUAUUUAUUGGAAAAGUGAACAUUUCAAGUCAUUUUCCGGUUGAUGUUUUUGUUACUAUUAAAACAAGGUAUAAUAUUUAUAGUGAACAAGAAUAUGAUUAUAAAGUAGAUAUUCAAAAUAUUUUUAAAACUAACAAAUUUAUUGAAUAUUUAAAAGAAGAUCAGUGUUUUUUUAAAAUUUGUCCUAAGUAUGAUCCUUUAAAAGAAAUAAGACUUUAUGCAGAAUUAUCAAAUUUAUCAACUGAUUUAAUUAAUGAAAGUCCAUUAUUUUCUGAUUUAGAUCCAAAAAUGACAUCAAAAUGGUUUCUUGAAGUACUUUUUAAUGAUAAUAAUAUUGGAUUUUUAUAUAAAACAUUUUUAAUAUUAGUUGAAUAUCACUCUAAAUAUUCAAAUACACAAAAAAUUCCAGAUUGGUAUUGUAAAGAAAAACUUUAUCGUAAUAUUCCUUAUGAUAUUACAAAUGAAGAUGGAAAAGAUGAUUUAAAUGUUAUCAAUAAAAGUAGACUUAUAUUUUUUGAAACUACAGAUGAUGAUUUUAACACAAAUAAUAAAAAAUCAAUCUUACAACAGUUGCCGCAAAGAAUUGUUGAAUAUGUAUUUGAUACAUGUAAUUUAAAUAAAAAUUUCCCAAAACAAAAUUCGCAAAGAAUUUCAAAUUAUUCUGAUGAUGAAUAUGAAAAAAUAGGAAAUUGGAAAAAUUUUAUGUUGGAAGACAUUGAUAAAUAUAAAUCAUCAAAAACAUUUUCUUUAUCAGAACAAAUAUCAAUUAUUAUUGUUAAAUGUCUUAAUAUACCAUAUGAUGAUUCAUACAGACUUGCAUGUUAUGUAUGGAUGGAAUUUGUAAAUUUACUAGGUAAAUAUUUUGAUGAUGCAAUUGAUAUACCAGGAACAGAAUGUAAUACUGAACCAAAUUUUAAUGAUUGUAAAUUACAACAACUUUUACAACUUCUUCAAUGUUGUAUUGAUGCUAAAAAACGAUGGUACAAUUAUUAUGAAAGUGAUGAUUUUAAUAAUCAUGAUUAUGAUGAAUUUCAUGAUGCUGAAGAAGAAUUUCAAAAUAUUGAUUAUAGUAGAAUAAAUAAUCAUAAAGAAGAACGAAAACCAUUAGGUAGAUCACAUCCUGUUCAAGGUAAUCUUCGUUUACUUAAUUAUGAUGAUAGAAUAAUGUAUGUACCAUUUCUUCAAUAUCCAGCUCCAAUAACUGAAGAACAAUUUGAUAAUCAAUUAUCUGAAGAUACUGAAUUAAGUAGAAAUGAAAGAAUUAAAAGACAAAUUAUUGUUUUAAAAUCUGAUAUGAGUGCAUUUAAAGCAGCAAAUCCAGGAUGUUGUUUUGAAGAUUUUGUUCGAUGGCAUUCACCAAAUGAUUGGACGCUUGAUGAAGAAAGUGGUACAUAUACAUUAUCUCAACGAAUGACAGAUACUGAUAAUAUAUGGCAAUUAACGUGGAAAGAAGCACCAAUUGAAGCUAUUACUGAACAGGAACAUAUUUUUAAUGAAACAAUAGAAGCAUAUAAAAUAUUGGAUACAUUAAAAAAUAUAAAUAUUAAAGAAUUGAUAAAUCUUAUUAUUCCAUGUAAUAUAAAAGUUGGCUUUAAGACAUUAGUAAAAAAUGUACCAUUAAAAGAUAAGUAUUCGCAACAAAAAUUAAAAAACUUACAACAAUAUUUAAUAAAAUCAUUAUCAUUAAAUCAACAAGAUGUUUUGAUGGAAUUUAUACGAAAUUUAAGAAUUAUACAAAAUUCCAUAUUUCAAUAUAAUUCAUUAAAAGAAUUAUUUUCACAAUUUAAUAAUAAUUUAAGUAAAGAUGAACAAGAAUGUAUAGAAGAUUUAGUUAUAAAAUUAAUGAAUCAUAAUUCUUCAAUAGAUACAGAUGAAGAAGAACAUACAAGUUUAAAAGUUCCUAUUUUGGGUGGUCCAAAAGGUUUUAUUGGUCAAAUUAUAUGUCAACUAGCAAACAUGGGAGAAAAUAUAAAUGAAGGAACAUCAUUUCCUGAACCAGAAGUAAAAGAAUAUCUUUUAAAAUGUAAAUGUAAAAGACCACAUUUAGGAUCCAGAGAAUGUAAUAAUAGAAUGUAUACAAUCGUUGAUGAUGAUAUUGUUUCAUGGUACCUAUCAAUAUCAUCUGAUAUAUUUUCUGCCUAA